AAAUCUCUGGGCCGGAUGAGUCCUCAGAGUCAUCUCAAGUUGAAAUAAGCAAGUUGGGCUCAUCAGCCGGUCUUUAAACAUGAGUACCCUCAGGGAGGGGGAAACUUUGGACAAAACCGCUUGCUCCCACCAGCGGUAACUCUGGGGGAGGGACUCAACCAUGAGCCAGUACUCGGGCAGCGGGGUCCCACGCAGUGACCUGGUGGCACCACCGCGUAAGACAUCAUAUCCAGGAAAUUAACAAAUGAGCCUUCAAAAAUGCUAGGUUUACAAUGAGAGGCAUUUUAAUUCAAACUUUACUGUAUGGAUCCUUGACAUUUGGGAUCUGGACAGCUCUGUUGUAUGUAUUUAUUAACCACAAUCAUGUGAGCAGCUUGGACAAGAAAACCCAGGAGCCUGCCUCAAUUUGGUCCCUUGAAAAAAAAUUUCAUCGGCAAGUUACUCAUGGCUCAGAGGAAAUUCCAAGACCAUAUGUGAGAUUUGAAAGUCCUGAUGAAGAAGAAACCAAACCACAGAAAUCCUUUUUCAAAUGGAGUAAGGAUUUUAACUAUUCAAGCUCAGAAUUUGUUGAUGGAUUUUUAAAAUAUGGUUUUAACACCAUUCUCAGUAAAAGCUUGGGCAGUGAGAGAGAAGUGCCAGACACCAGAAAUAAAAAGUGUUUUCAAAAACAUUACCCAGCCAACCUACCUACUGCCAGCGUCGUCAUCUGCUUCCACAACGAGGAGUUUAACGCCUUGUUUCGGACCAUGUUCAGUGUCGUAAACCUCACCCCACGCCACUUCCUUGAAGAAAUUAUUCUGGUAGACGACAUGAGCGACUCUGAUGAUUUGAAAGAAAAACUAGACCACCACCUGGAAAUUUUUCGGGGAAAGAUUAAAUUAAUAAGAAACAAAAAGCGAGAGGGACUGAUCCGAUCACGGAUGAUAGGGGCCUCUCGUGCUUCAGGGGACGUUCUGGUGUUCCUGGAUAGCCACUGCGAGGUGAAUAAAGUGUGGCUGGAGCCCCUGCUGCAUGCCAUUGCCAAGGACCCCAAAAUGGUGGUGUGUCCUCUGAUAGAUGUCAUUGAUUCUGUGACCCUAGAAUACUGGCCCUCUCCUGUUGUAAGGGGUGCUUUCAACUGGCACCUACAAUUUAAAUGGGAUAAUGUCUUCUCUUAUGAGAUGGAUGGACCAGAAGGACCCACUCUACCCAUUCGGUCACCUGCGAUGGCUGGGGGAAUUUUUGCUAUAAAUAGGCAUUACUUUCAUGAGAUCGGACAGUAUGACAAGGGCAUGAACCUCUGGGGAGCAGAAAAUUUGGAGCUUUCGUUAAGGAUCUGGAUGUGUGGAGGCCAACUCUUUGUACUCCCCUGCUCGCGGGUAGGACACAUCGGUAAGCAGCGCUUUCCAAAUCAACCUGAGUUUGCAGAAGCCAUGACAUAUAACAGUCUCAGACUGGCGCACGUUUGGCUGGAUGAAUACAAGGAGCAGUUUUUUUUACGAAGACCUGGCCUGAAAUCUGUUGCCUAUGGAAACAUUAGCGAGCGUGUUGAGUUAAGGAAACGAUUGGGUUGCAAAUCAUUUCAGUGGUAUUUGGAUAAUGUCUUCCCAGAACUGGAGGCAUCUGAGGGCAGCAGAUGAAACACAAAUAAAUUAUUUUCAUUAAAAAAGGGUUAAAAAACCCCUAUGUCUUCAACAUAGAGGAGAAAAGUCCGGAACAUCAAGAAAUUGUGUGAAAUGCAGUAAGAAAUACAACCAGAGUGCUCUAGAAUAAGA